UUCAAAUAGGCCGCUUUCUACGCGACGUGAAAUUAGUGUAACAAUGCUGGAACCUGGAGUGGCACAUUCACCCAUUAUAUACUACAACUGAAAGGAAACAUAUUCCCUGCCUGUACAACUACACUAGAACAGAGAUGCCUUUUACCGCCACUUUGUAGGUCCAAUCCUGCAGUCCAUCCCAAAUCCCUCCCAUGCCCUAAAGGACGUGGACCAAUCUCACUCAAGCCACCCUCUGCUGUGGUCGCUUGGCAAGAGAAGUUAGAUUCUGGUCUAGACCCAGUACUUGGAACAAAGGCUUUUCAGACUCAUUUCGCUGAGGUACCAGUACUUAAUACGCGAGAGAGGUAGCACAGUACACAGUCGGCAAUUGGGAUUUUAUAAGUCAACGCAUUGGGAAGCCCCUGUCAGCGCUAGGCAUGGAGCUCCCUGCUGCACGGCGUCAGUCUCUAUUGCAAUUCCAAAUAUCUGGUCGCAGGCUACAAUGGGCUAUACGGCAGCAGCAAGCAGUGGCGAGAAUCGGCAAUGGGUCAUCAAGGUCGCUUCGUGGCCGCUGUUCGGCGUGUGCACUAUCCUAGUCGCAACGCGGAUCUGGAUUCGUCUCCGUAUCAUUCGGCCUCUAGGCUGGGAUGAUGGGUUUAUUGUGCUGGCCAUGGUCAGCGCGACUGCCGAAAGCAUUCUGACGACCAUCAGCGUGCAUUAUGGCACCGGACGACAUAUCGUCGACCUCACUGAUACACAGCGCAUUCUGUCAGCCAAGUUUAACUGGAUGUCGCAGGCGUUCCAUGUAUUUUCGACGAACUGGGGUAAAGUAUCUGUUGCGCUAUUUCUGCUACGCAUCAUGCGGAAGGUCAAGCACCACCAAAUCGCCAUGUAUGGGGGGAUGGCUCUUCUCACCAUCAUCAAUAUGGUAUCGAUAUACACUAUGUACGGCCAGUGUACUCCCACCCGGAGCCUGUGGGAUUACACUGUUGAAGGGUCGUGCUGGCCGCCGACAGUGCAGAAGAACUAUGCCUUCUUCCAAGGAUCGGCCUCCGCAUUCUCGGAUUUCGUGCUCGCCAUCUAUCCACUAAAGACCAUUGCUGGGCUGCAGAUGGCCCGUAAGAUCAAGAUUGGGUUGAGCUGUGUGCUUUCGCUGGGAAUCAUCGCCAUGGCUGCUGCAAUUGUCAAGACCAUCAACCUCGCUUCUCUGACCGAACGAGCCGAUUUUCCAUGGGACACGGUUGAUCUUGCAAUAUGGACCGCCAUCGAACAAUACCUCAUUAUUCUCGCCGCAUGCAUCCCUACCAUGACGCCCUUAUUCCACAUUCUGAUACACAAAUGCACUUCCAAAAGAAACACCACUCACGUCGGAACUCACCCCGAGAACCAGUAUGGGCGCGGCCAUGCGUAUGGACAGUUUGGUGGUCGCAGUUUGGAUUACGCCCUCGGUACAUACGGGGAUGCGUGGGCUACCACGCGGAGAGACAAGGGGGAUGGCGAUAGCGGGGACCCUAUCAUGGACGAGGAGGCGAGCCAUGGGAUAAUGAAGACGACAGAGAUCCAUAUUCAGUCUGACGUGGAUGUCACUCAGCGGGGAUCGUAGAUACGAGCCUCUGUGCGUCGUUUGGCUUCAGAAUUUUCUAGUAACUAAUGUGGUACUAUUUUUCAUUGGCUCAUGUAUUUGUCACAUUCAGAGGACUGAGUUACAUUAUGUUACUGGGUUGCCAACUGGACGUUUUGUCCUCGAUUAUGAUUUGUCUAUUUAGAAUGGGACUGUGCUUAUGGCCUCUGGAUGUUAGAUGUUGUAGAACCAUUUGAUUGUCUUG